CGGGCAGUGAGGGUUUCCAGCCAGGGCAGCCUCCUCAGUAGACUCUUCUGUGGUGUGAUUUUAGGAGUUAUUCCUGAAAGCCCAACCUUAAAUUUGUUUCUCUCACAUCUCCGGAUUACUUACAACACAUAACAGGAACGUUCCUUCCUGUUUAAACCCGCUGGAGGCUGUUUUCUGUCCUCUGCACCCAAACCCGUCAGGUUGUAGCUCAGACGUCCUGAGGUCGGAAGGGGCUUGGAGUGUUUGAGGAAAAGCAGCCGGGACGGCCUGAGGGAGGGGGAGAGGUGGAAGACACAGGCAGGUCACACCUUGAAUUGUGUGAACACUAAUGAAGGGAAACUUCGCUAACAUGGAGGCCAGAGGCCAGAAGGGGGCGCUCUCACACAGUGCCACUUCAUGCCAAUUGCAAGAAGAAUUGUCACACUCUGCAAUACAAUAGAAGAAUAGUUAACAACAAAAAAAUGAUCAAUGAUAGACCCCAACAGGAAAUGAUGGACACGGCAUCUCCUACAAGAACUUGACAACCCCAGCAACUCGGCCAACGAGAAACCACCACGUCCCUGAUAUCUGUUUUCUCCAAUGGACUUUCUGCAAGAACAGCCCCCUCCCCACUGUCUUCCUUUUCUCCAUAAAAUAACCUUUUUCUCCUUUGUUCAUUGGACUUACCUAUGGCUUUUGCUGUCGCUUGCUUGUCCUGAAUUGCAAUUCUGUUUUGUUCCCAAAUAAACCCAUGCUUACUGGUAAAACCGCUGACUGUUUUAUUUUUGAAAACAGAGGCCACGCUAAAGAACCGGAUUUUGUCCUAAGUACAGUGAGAGGCCGUUGGAGGCCCUUCUACAGGGACAUGAUGGGAUUGAUUGAUGUCUCAGGAAACCAGAAUGAUGCCAGGGGGAGGGGGAAGGACAGGGCGGCAGCAGAGAGACCACUUGGGAGGGGACCAUGGUGAACCAGGCGGGAGAUGGCAGGCUAGUGCGCUAACCGUGGAAAUGGUGUGAUGUGUGAAAGGUUCAGAGUGGGUCUCACACUGAUGACAUGAGGCCAUCAUGUAUCAAAAGAACUUUUAUUUCAAGCGCCUGGGGGCAGGUGGGCUGAGUCUGAAAAAAGGAGUCAGCGUCGACUGAAGGGAGAGGCAGGCUUUUCUUAGCUUUUGCUGGCUGGCAGGAUGGCCCACAAGCAGAUCUACUACUCAGACAAGUACUUCGACGAGCACUACGAGUACUGGCAUGUCAUAUUACCCAGAGAACUUUCCAAACAAGUCCCCGAAACCCAUCUGAUGUCAGAAGAGGAAUGGAGGAGACUUGGUGUCCAACAGAGUCUUGGCUGGGUUCAUUACAUCAUUCAUGAGCCAGAACCACAUAUUCUUCUCUUUCGACGACCUCUUCCAAAAGAUCAACAAAAAUGAAGAUAUUGGGGAUCGUUAAUUAAAUCUUUUUCAAAUUUAAUGUAUAUGUGUAUAUAAGUAGUAUUCAGUGAAUACUUGAAAAUGUACAAAUCAUUCAUCCAUACCUGCGCAUGAGCUGUAUUCUUCACAGCAACAGAGCUCAGUUAAAUGCAACUACAAGUAGGUUACUGUAGGGUGUUUUAAGAUAAAAUUUCUCCUAGUUACUUUUUCUCUUAAAUAUAAGUGCCUGUUUGACUUUACCUGUUACUUUUGUUUAAUAAAGUUUGCAUGUUGCAUUUAAAAAAA